AUGGUGAAGGGCGCUGUGAAGAAGGGGGCAGAGAAGGCCAAGAAGAGCAUUUUGAAGUUCACUGUGGACUGUAAGCAGCCAUCUGAAGACAACAUCAUCGAGACCAAAGAUUUCGAGCAGUUCCUGAUGCGUCGCAUCAAAGUGGACGGCAAGCCCGGCAACCUGGGAGAGAAGAUCACCAUCAACCGGGAGAAAGCCAAGAUCCAUGUGACCGCUGAGACUCCUUUCUCCAAGCGUUACUUGAAGUAUUUGGGCAAGAAGUACCUGAAGGCUCAACAGUUGCGGGAUUUCCUCCGCAUCGUGGCCCCCAACAAGACGUCGUAUGAGAUGCGCUACUUCAACAUCAACGAUGACAAGGACGAAGAGGAGUGAAGGAUCCAAGAUCAGGCAGCCUUGCGCAGCUACGGAGAGAAAUGCGCAAUUUUGGCUUCGGGAAAGUGUCCGGGGUUUGAACUUGGAGGGCUACUUUAGUACUUCAAACCGCGAUUCAAUGCGAUUCACAGCUUGAUGAUGUUUGAUGAUCCCCAUUGCGGUGACCAUGCUUUUAGGGCGGAGAAUUCAACCACCAAGCAGA